GUUGAUUGGGAUGGUUAUACUAUAGGAUACUAUGGCCGUAUAUUUGAAGCUCGGAAUAAGACCAAGGGCGGUUCAUUUGAGGGUGAUGACAAGGACUUUUUCAAAUUUAGAGUAGGAUCUCAAGAGGUAAUACCAGCAUUUGAAGAGGCUGUUUCAAGCAUGGCUCUUGGUGGCAUUAGAAGGUGCGUGGCAUCUCCCAUAUAUCAGCCUUGUGUUAUUAAGGAAUUGUUUCAAAAAGUUAGUAAAACAACUACUAGACAAAGACAUUCGU